AGGGAGCGGGAGGGGAUAAGUUGUGCUGCUGCCGCCAUCGCAGCAACACUCAAACGGGAAGACCGGUCGCUGUAGUCGCCACCAAGAGGAAGAGUAGCGACGCCGCUACGGUCGCCAUCCCUGCAUAAUAGAGUUUCCUGACAGUGGUGCCAUGAAGACUAUUUUGGUGCAUACAUUGACGCUGAUUUUGGUUGUUGGAGGUACGCAUUCGGCCAGGAUUUUGGGUAUCAUCCCAACUCCCUCUAUCAGCCACCAGCUGCCCUUCCGACUGAUAGCUCUCGAACUUGCCAAGAGAGGGCACCAGGUCACACUUAUUACAACGGACCCUGUGAAGAAAAAUGUACAGAAUUACACGGAAAUAGACUUGUCUAGUACGUACGAUUACUGGCGAGCAACGUUUGAUUUUACAUCCAUGUCUGAAACAAGUCCCAUUGCAUUGAUGAGUAUGAUGGAAGAAGCUGGGAAACGUAUUUGCGAACUACAGCUUGGCUCUUCUCAGAUCAAAGACUUCCUCAGAUCCCGGCCGUCUUUCGACGUCAUUAUUCUGGAGCAUCUCAUGUACCAGUGCUACUACGGUUUGGUAUAUGAGCUGGGAUCACCGCCGCUGGUUGGUUUCGUGUCCCUAGGUAUCCCCUCUCCCGUCCAUACCUCGUAUGGAAAUCCCAACAAUCCUUCCUACUGCCCAGAUCUCAUGCUUGGCUACUCCGAUCACAUGUCCUUCUGGGAGCGAAUGUACAACACGUAUAUAAUACUCCGUCUGAAUUACCUUUGGCGGAAUGUAAUACUGAAGACUCAAGAUGAGGUCAUGAGAACGUAUUUCGGUGCUGAACCGCCAUCUGUGCUGAAAACAGAAACAAACAUAAGCCUGAUCCUCGUGAAUAAUCACUUCAGCAUGAACUACCCACGGCCGAUGCUACCAAAUGUGAUAGAACUGACAGGGCUGCACAUCGAAAAGCAACGAAAGCCUCUACCCAAGGAUAUUCAAAGUUUUCUUGAUGGCGCGGAAAAUGGAGUCAUCUACUUCAGCCUGGGUACCAACGUCCGAGGCAGUACGAUGCCCGAGCACAAGCGUCGGGCCUUCCUGGAGGCUUUCUCGCAGCUGCCACAGAGGGUACUGUGGAAGUGGGAAGCAGAUGACCUCCCUGGCCGUCCAGGAAAUGUCAAAAUAUCCAAGUGGCUGCCACAGCAAGAUGUGUUGGCUCAUCCAAACAUCAAACUGUUCAUUACACAAGGUGGGCUCCAGAGUAUGAAUGAGGCAGGCUACUUUGGUGUUCCUCUAAUCGGAAUUCCAUUCAUGGGUGACCAACAAAACAAUGUGGCGAAAAUGGUUCAAGCAGGCAUUGGCUAUCAUCUGGAGUUUAAAGAUGUCACAACUACUACUGUUUUGAAUGCUAUUCGCACUGUUCUCGGCGAUCAAAGCUAUCGGGAGAACAUGGAGCGCUUCUCAGCAGUGUACCGCGAGCACCAGGAGACGUCGCUGGACAGAGCCGUGUGGUGGAUCGAGUACGUGAUACGCCACAAGGGAGCUCCGCACAUGCGUAGUGCAGCCCUCGACCUGAGCUGGUGGCAGCUGCUACUGCUCGACGUCAUCGCGUUCGUUGUGGUGACUGCCAGCGUUGCUCUCUACGUCACCUACAAGGGAGUCAGCUACGUAGCGAGGACGCUAAGUCUCUCUCGAAAAUUGAAAAGUUCGUGAGCCGUUCAGAGGUCAUGAUGGGAUGACGACAAUAAAAUUCCACAGUUGUUUGCAUAACAAAAGUGCAAAAUCUAUAAAACAGAAAUAAAGAUUUAAUGGUCAAAUCCAUAAUUCGCAACUGUGGGCACUUCGGUCUCAUUACCAAGUGUCAAAAUUAUUACCAAGUGUCUCGCUGUGUAGGCAGUGAUCCGCAGGUUGAACAGUUUUCAGUGGAAUUGAUUACAAUUUUCGUGAAUGUGUGAACAUACUUGUGGAUAAAGACAAUCAGACCCAUCCCCCGACUGUUCAUUCUAAGUGUAAAUACAGUCAUGAGUUAGGGAGCAUGUUGUUCUCAAGUGUAUCAGUUAUAUGUUUCCGCAAGUACAACGAGAAUUGCAUGCAGUGUCUCCUUCCCCAAUAACAUAUUAUCUUCGAUAUUUUAUUUUCUCUUAACACUACUCCCUCCCUUUACGGACUGCACUGGUCUUCUUAUCUGGUCAAGGACAUUCCUUGCUGAUGCUGCUUAACGAUGAAAAUCUACUCAGGAACACACAGCUAAAUUCAGCGAAUAUGAAAGGAGCUGAGGGUAACCUUGAACGGUGGGUGUUGUAGAGGACAUAUAAGUGACUGUACUGUAUUGCAUUGUACACAGUCCACGAAAAUAUUGUUUUGAGACUGUAUUGAACACAAAAUGUUUUCAGACUUUCGGGAUGCAAGUGUUUCGAAUCUCUGCCUGGUCAUCCAGACUUGAACUUUUCGUAGUCGCUCGAAAUAUCUUAAGCUUAAGAUUUACGCCGGGACUAUUUCCUUGAAAUGAGCAGGUCCAAUUUGAUUUUCCUUUGUUCCCCUACCCGUGUUUGUGCUCCGUGUCUGAAGACGUCUGAGGAACGUUAAACCAUAAUCUUCCUUUGUUCCUUUAUUUAAAGAUAGUCCCCUCAAGAGGAAUACAGCCAGUUUCCUUCCCCUCAUGUACCCAAGUGAACCAGCACGCUUCCUGUAAGUGUCUUGUAAUCAACAGGAAGUUAAUCCUUUUUCCAAAAAAACUCAUUGCGUUACUGAAGAUGCUACAAUGAAUCAGACUUGUUGAUAUACAUUCAGACAGAUUUAAACAUUUAUAUUUUUACAGUUCACAUCUUGUCCAUGUUCUCGGCCAUUACAAGAGGCCACAAACCUAUGUGCCGACUACAUGUGUAUCUUUCUAAUACAAUUUGUAUUAUUAACACCAGCCCGUGAAAAGAGGUAUAAUGGUAGUAACCCCAUGCUGAGAGACACAUUGCGUGUAUCUGAUCCUCGUAGUAACUCUUCAUAUGGUCAUUUCACCCACAACUUUUGUAAUAUUCUAUUUCUUGAAAUGGCUGUGAAGUUUUGUUAUGUUAUUCUUAGUCUUGAAAUGUACUAUGUUGAUACCUCUAUAAAUAUUAUUCUUGCUGGAUAACCUAACCGGAAUCAACUUAAUUUUAACAUAAACUGAAGUACUUCCAUAUCUGCAACCCGCAACUGCCUACUUCUUCCGUGUAAGUAGUGUCUAAUACAACUCCACUUUCAUAUCUAUUUAAGUCUUAACGAAGUAUGUACUGCGUUAUUCUGCACCUCCUCCAUGGAGCAAAAGUAUUUUUGCAGCACUGUUGUGUGUUAGGCAGUCAUAUGAACACACUUUUGUUUUCAAACAGCACCUGUUUAUGUUACUAUGAAAUCAAUGCUGUAUAACGGAAACGUAUUUUUGAAAAUUUAUCCUGUUACUGUCGCCUAAUAAA